CAAUCAAGAAGUGUUAUUUUUUACAGCUGUUUGUUGACGUUGACAUCAUUGUGGUUGGUUUGAUACUCUUUGGUUGACAAUUUGCUAUCCAUCGUCGAACGUAAAUAAAUUACUACUAUGAAAAUAUUGUAACAACAAAUUGUUUCUCGUAUGGAAUUGUUGUUAUUCAAUCAUUACAAAUGUCUAAUUAUCAAGAAAUUGUGAACUUAAAUGUGGGAGGUACACGAUUCUCAACAUCAUGGCACACUUUAACCUGGGUUCCGGAGACUUUCUUCACUGCUCUCCUCAGUGGCAGAAUACCGACAGUGCGAGACGAAAACGGCGCAAUCUUUAUAGACCGUGACCCAAACCUCUUUGGUCUCAUAUUAAACUUCCUUCGUACUAGGGAUAUAGAUCUUGAGAAUGUAAACAUAAGGGCGCUGAGACAUGAAUGUGAUUAUUUUGGUAUCACUCCAUUGAGCAGGCGGUUGGCCUUAUGUGAUGAGAUGAAUCACUCUACAUGUGGUGAUGUGCUGUUCUAUGGAUAUUUACCACCCCCAUUGAACACGGCGUUGCCAAACGGCAGCACUGCACGGAACGGCAACAGCUGUUCUCGGAAGAACUCGACGGCUUCCAACACAGAUGUGGCGGCUAACAGAACACACUCUAGGAACUCGUCAUUGGAUCUUCGCACUGUUGGCAGGAUACCUUCACAGGAUCAGUUGAGCCGAUGCGGCCGGGGUCACUCGAGAGCGGCCUCGUUAGGCAACGCAGACUGCCACAAGGGACAUCGACCGCCAGACAUGAGUUCAUGGUCUGACAGUAUGAAAGUACAAAUUAUCAAAGCGCAUCACAACUGGGUGGCUGUCGCUUAUACACACUUCGUUACUGGUUAUAGAUUGACAGACUCCUGCGGCUGGUACGUAGUAUUCCAAUCGCCUGUCCAGGACUCAGUGAUAGAACGAAUAGCCUUGAAUGCUAAGACGGGUGGUGGUGGUGGUACAUCGAGCGGGAACAGUACUACUGGCACUGACGUCAUGCUGGGCAUAGCCAGCGGUGCUCACGUGAGGCUGUGGGCGUUCUCAACACAUAGCGAACCUGUGAGACGGACCUUAGUUGGUACAUUCAACCUCGGCGUUAGAGUUGAACACCUCCUCUUCGUUGGCCCUCAACUGGUGGCUCUAAGCGGGGCCGGCAGUAGAAGUAAAGCCGGCGUCUGGCACACGAGCACACAACACUGGCAGACGCAGGACGUCGCGCACCUGACCACGUAUGAUACUGCGGGGUCGUUCUUACUGCUCGGUACCGCGACGGGAGCUAUUAAUUAUAUUGAUAUGCAAAAGUUCCCGUUACGCAUGAAAGACAAUGAUCUGCUCGUGACCCAACUGUACAAGGAUCCGAAUCAGGAGCCCAUCACAGCUAUAUCUGUUUAUCUGACGCCGAAAACAAAUUUGUGUGGCAACUGGAUCGAGAUAGCAUACGGCACUCGCUGUGGAUCCGUGCGCGUCAUAGUGCAGCAUCCUGAGACAGUGGGGCACGGACCGCAACUGUUCCAGACCUUUACCGUACAUCAGAGUCCUAUAACUAAGGUGUCUCUAUCGGAGAACCACCUAGUGUCGGUGUGCAGCGAGUACAACCACGUGCGCACAUGGCGCGUGACCCGCUUCCGCGGCAUGAUCUCCACGCAGCCCGGCACCACGCCCAAGGCCGCCUUCAAGGUGCUGGCGCUGGAGGCGCCCACCGCGCAGCCGCAUAACGACUGUGAUAUUGUUGCAGGACCGUAUGGCGAACAGGACGAGGAACAGAUAUUCAUUCAGAAAGUUGUUCCCGACACGGAUACGUUAUACGUACGACUUGCGUCUAAUGGGAAAAGAGUGUGUACGAUCCGUUCGGUGGACGGGUCGGCGGUGUCCUGCUUCGUGGUGGCGGAGUGCGAGGGCGCGCUGCGGCCGCGCCGCCUACUGUUCUGCGGACACCGCUCCGGGGCCACGCAGAUGUGGGACCUCACCGCGCCCAUCGACAAGGCUGUUAAACCGCCAACUGUAGCUGGGACUGCAGCGGUAGAAGUCGAGGAGUCCCCCGUCCCCGACGGCGGCCCGUCCCCGGACGAGCUGGUCCGGCUGCUGUCGGCGUGCGACCUGGACGCGGCGCCGGCGCCCCCGCUGCCGCACUCCCCCAACCGCCCGCUGCAGGCGCCAUGAACCCCGCUCUGCCCAGCCCUGCGCUGGUUCUACUCGUUGGUCGUCAACGCGUGAUACGACCACUACCAUAAGCGCGCUCUACACUCGCGGCGCGAAAAGCCGCGAAACGCGUGUGUGUAUGGAUUCGCGCGCACGCUUCGCACCGUUCCCGUUCGUUGCGGGGAAUCGCGGCGUGAAUUCACAGCAAGCAUCGCGAGCGAGUGUAGGGCGCGCUUUAUACGAACGGCACUGACUAAAUGGUCUCAUGCUGUCUUCUUCUUUGUCAAGAGGUGUGAGACAGACAACAUUAGAAUAGUGUCGUUCUUGAAUACACGUAUGGUCGACGUGUUUUGAUUUCAGAAGAUGUAUAAUUUACCACAAUUUUAGACUAUUGGGACUAGACUAUGUAAGGGAAUUUACCCUAUAACAGUGCAAUGAACUAUCUAACAGUGAAGUGAAACGCAGGUUUCCUUUUACAUAUAAGAAACAAAAGGCUUCUAUGGAAUAGUGAUAAAGGUUACUUAUUCGUAUUGUUGAUGAUUUGUGCACAACUACAUCCAAAUAUUAUGCAUUCUAUCAACUGUUAUCUUACAAUUCUUUAAUACAACAAAAACUUACAAUUGAAAGUUGGUAGUAAAGUCUGUUGUGCAAGCACAUGUGUGUAAUAUAAACAGAUAAUGCAUGAAAAAUUAUACAUCUUUCUGACAUAAGACACCUCCAUUCACGCGUCUAGUAUUUGAAAAUGCUUUCAAUGUUAUAUUUAAAGCGGUGAUAGAUAGUUGUAAUUAUUAUUAUAAAUGAUUGCAUUAUAUCAAAGUAAUAUUUGACCAGUUUAGAGCAAAAGUAAUCAACUAGUAUUAUAAUUUCAAAGAACAUUAGUGUUUUAUGGCAACACUUAAAAACGUUAAGCUUGAAUAGAUUUUAAAUUGCCUUAGAUUAAUGAUAUAUGAGGUUUGUCUGUAUUGGUUCAUACAAAAUAAAUGUAUUUAUGUAACUCAUUGAAAAUAAAACUUUCACCAUGGUUGAGUACGUCUUAAUAUUUGCUAAUGUUCUUUGAAGCUAAUAAAUUAUUGCCAAUUUAUGCCUUAAUCGUACACUCAGAAUAUAUGACGUAUUUGUGUCUAUAUAGGAAAUUAUGUAACUUGUUAUUACAUUAGAAUAAAUUACUGCAAUUUUAUACUUCAAGCGUCCGCCUAUACAUUUUUCUCAUAAUUAUCAUCGCAAAUAAAUUUUAUGAUGGAUUUUGCUAUGGAAUUAAUAUAGUUGAUGUGAUUAGAAAUGAUAGGGAUUAUAGAUGGCAGCACUGUAACUGCGAGAGACUGGGAAAUACACUACGACUGUUGUUUCAACACAUAAACGCUUACUGUAACCUAUUAUAGCAGGUUUUUUGUCUUUGGGGAAGCGAGACGAAACGCACACUGGGCUUAGCGGCAUCUCGCUUCCUCUAUCACUAAAACUCGUAACACCGGCACUGUUCACUAGGAAUAUAUAAUGAAACACUUGUUUUAGUUCGUGAGUUGACUGCUUUAACUUUAAAUAACUCUAAUAUUACAGGGUUUAUAGAAAUGGUAUAGUGCUCGCAGUCAAUGCACUAGGUACCUACCGGGCUACCGCAUACAAUUCGCAAAAAAUAACCGAAGGAAAAGCCCUAAAUGUCUUGGAAGUUUAUUUAAAACUGUCUUUUUUCACGACAUGAUGUCAAGUACUUUGCUCCAAAUUUUAGACGGUACUAAAAGUACCUAGUGCAAUUACUGCUAUGAAACAGUGAGAAAUGAAACCUUAAGUCUCGAAUGUCAGCGAUACAUAUUUAUAUUAAGGUUUUAUUACAUGUCCUUUUUCUAUAUGAAUGUCGAGUGUUAGAAGGCGUGUAAGACUGAUUUGAUUCAGAAGCUCAAUAACGAUCAAAUUCAAUAUUCUCUUGAAUUCUUUAUUUUUGAAAAAUAAUGUUUUGUAUAUUUAAGUAUAAUGAUUUUAUGUUAAAACGUGUAUAUGUUACUGGGAAAAUUAAAUUAGAUAUGUGAUGAAUUUUAUGCAAUCGUUUCUCGUUAGUUUAACACUUGGUGUAUGUAAAAUAUUUAUAUCAAAUGCAUUUAAUUACGGAGUGUUAAUUAUGUACUGUACAGGCAAAUAUACAUUUUGCUUUUUUUUUUUAUUGAACUGUUUACUUUUUUAAAUAAAUGCCGUGUCACGUGUAAUAAGGAAUAAUAUUACUUAGAUACUGUCAAAUCCUAAAAUUUUCAGGAUAAGGAGAAAAGAUAUUACUUUUUUAAGUGAAAAUGUAUAUUUGCCUAUUAAAUUUUAUAUUUGUGCGUCUUUAAUCGAGUGUAUGCUAUUUAUAUUGUAAAAUAGAUUGAAAUUAGAGUUGUUCCUAGAUAUUACAAAAUUAUGUAUAUAUGAAGUAAAUAAAAUAUUAUUUACAUAUAA